AUGGACAUAGACGCCAUCACCGCGCCCGUGAUGGCGGACAUGGAGCAGAUGCGCAUGAACCUGCGCGACAUCGUCGGACGGAAGAACCCGCUGCUGCUCGCCGCGGCGGAUCAGAUCUUCGGCGCGGGGGGCAAGCGGCUCCGACCGGUGCUCGUGUUCCUCGUCGCGCGAUCGACCGCGCAGCUGAUGGAUAUGCCGGAGAUCACGGACCGGCAGCGGCGACUCGCGGAGAUCACGGAGAUGAUUCACACCGCGUCGCUCGUGCACGACGACGUGUUGGACGAUUGCGACACGCGGAGAGGCGCGCAGACGAUUCACACGCUGUACGGGACACGCGUCGCGAUUCUCGCCGGGGACUUUCUCUUCGCGCAGUCGUCGUGGUAUCUCGCGAAUUUGGACAACCUCGAGGUGAUCAAGCUCAUCUCGCAAGUCAUCGCGGACUUCGCGGACGGGGAGAUUUCCCAGGCUGGCGCGCUGUUCAACUGCGACGUGACCCUAGAGGGGUACCUCGAGAAGUCGCAUAACAAGACGGCGUCGCUCAUCGCGGCGAGCUGCAAAUCCGCGGCGGUGUUCUCCGAAGUCAGCGAGGACAUCAAGGUGGACAUGUACGAGUACGGGAAGCACCUCGGCCUCGCGUUUCAGGUCGUGGACGACAUCUUGGACUUCACGCAGACGGAGGAGCAGCUCGGGAAGCCGCAGGGGCAAGACCUCGCGAGCGGGAAUCUCACCGCGCCGACGAUCUUCGCGCUGCGACGCGACGCGUCGCUUCGCGCGCUGGUGGAGUCGCAGUUCAAGACCGAGGGCGACCUGGAGAAGGCGAUCGCGAUCGUGAACGAGGUUGGGAUCGAGGACGCGCGGACGUUGGCGAGGGAGGAAGCGGACAUGGCGCUCGCCGCGUUGAAGGGGCUCCCGGAAGGAGAGGCGAAGCAAUCGCUGGUGGACAUGGUGCAGUACAUCCUCGAGCGCAUCUACUGA